GCUGGCGACGUGUUUUCAGUGAGAGCAUCUUAUGAGAAAAUGUCACACCACCUGUAAUAAAAACGCCCAAGAACACAGGAAACGCGAGCCACACGAUAAAAGCGGGUACAGAUGAGGACAGCUGGCUCCAAUAUGCAUCAAAAACGCAAAAUCCUCCUUCUUCUAUACAUGUGUGCAACAGCAGUCUCCUUGGCCUUUAACAUUGAUUUGAGGGACCCUGAAGUUUACAAUGGAAGUGCAAAUGAUUUCUUUGGAUUCAAAGUGCUACAAGUUGGGUCCAAGAGCAGCAAAGGAAUCAUAGUAACUGCUCCUCUGUAUAAGAAUGGAUCUGGUGGAGUUUAUCUCCAAAAGCAAAACCGCAUCCCUCUUCAGUUCACAGCAAAAGCUGUCACUGUCAGAGAGGAAGAAAUCCCUGUUAAGCACUUAGGGUUGUCAGUAGCAAAGGAUCUUAUACAAAAUCAACUAACUGUUUGCAGUCCCAAUAUUGUUACUAGGUGUAAUGAAAACUCCUACAUGAAUAGUGUGUGCUACAAUCUGACUGAACAACUACUGGAACAGUCAGUCUUUAAACCUGCUUUUCAAGCUUGCACCAAAAAGACAGUGGACCUUGCUUUUCUGUUUGAUGGAUCAUUAAGUAUGACAGCAGAAGAGUUUGAAACAAAUAAGGUUUUCAUUGAGGAUAUCAUGUCGAACCUUAAAAACACUUCUAUAAAGUUUGCAGCAGUGCAGUUUUCAUCUACAGUACAGACAGUUUUUACUUUUAAUGACUACACAAACGGUACAGCCAGCAGUAAACUCAAGAAAGAACCACAAUUAAGAGAGCUCACCAACACGUACAGAGCAUUGAAUUUUGUUCUAACAAACCAUUUAAACAAUACUUCAAAUGGAGGAUCUUCUGAUGCAACCAAAGUGCUGGUUUUAAUCACAGAUGGUAAUCCAAGUGACUCGGACACAAUCCAUAAAUCUAUCAUGAAGUAUGACUCAAUGAACAUAAUUCGAUUUGUCAUUGGGGUGAAAGAUGUGAAUUUGGAAAAAUUGAGAGUUAUUGCUUCAGAGCCCAAGGACAAUAACACAUUUCACAUUGAAAACUACAGCGGGCUGACAGGCGUGCUGGAAAACUUCCAGAAGAAGAUCUUUCAAACUGAAGGCACAACAGCAGCUCUGGCCGGAGACUUGAGAGAGGAAAUGUCUCAGACUGGACUCAGUGCUGUCUAUGGCAAAGACGCUCUGCUCUUGGGCUCGGUGGGCUCACGGACAUGGAGAGGGUCUCUUCAUGAACUCCGAGGGGAAACUGAGACUCAGAUUCAGGAUUCAGAGCAGGAGGAAGACUCUUACAUGGGUUACUCUGUGUCAGUGGGGGAAAAAAACAAGACUGCCCUGUAUUUCACUGGUGCUCCAAGAUACAAGCACAUGGGACAAGUUGUGCUUUUUAUAUCCACAAGUGGCAAGUGGACUCCUGCUCAAAGGAUCAGCGGAGAGCAGCAUGGCUCGUACUUUGGUGCAGAGGUGUGCUCCGUGGAUGUGGACUCUGAUGGAAACACUGACUUCCUGUUUGUGGGAGCUCCUCUGUUUUACCAGACGCAUCAGGCUGCUGAGGGCAAGAUCUACAUCUACAGACUGACUGAUGAGUUGAAGCUGGUAAAACUAUCUGACAUCACUGCACAUGUCAUGGGGCGGUUUGGCACGACUAUCGCCAGUGUGGCUGAUGUGAACGGGGAUGGACUCCGAGACGCUGCUGUCGGGGCCCCACUGGAAAACCAGAACAGAGGAGCAGUGUAUCUGUACCUCGGGGACAGGAGCAGUGGCAUACGGAGCACACACAGCCAGAGGAUCCUGGGGGAGAAUGUGAAUUCUAGACUGCAGUUCUUUGGUCAGUCCAUAGAUGGCAGCAAUGAUGUUGGGAAUGAUGGUCUGCCUGAUAUUGUUGUUGGUUCUCGUGGAUCUGCAGUCGUUUUAAAAUCCAAGCCAGUGUUCAACGUUACGACUCGUUUUACAUUUGAACCUCAUGAAAUCAAUAUUGAUAAAAUCAAAUGCCCAAGUAAAAGUGAUGACUUUAUACCUCUGGUCACUUUGACAAUCUGCUUUGAAAUGGUCGAGGCAACAAAGAGCUCUGCAGGAGCUGUGAAACCUGGAAUGAACGUUUCCUAUUCUCUUCAUGUCGACCCAAUGAGACAAACAUUUAGAGGUUUUUUUAAUUCAACUACAAAAAGGAGAAAUCUAACUGAAACUUAUGAACUGAGAGAUAGAGAAACCUGCUUCAACCGCUCUGUUUACAUGCCGAAAUGUAUAACUGACACAUUGUCACCAAUCAAAAUUAACAUGAACUUUUCACAAGUGGAGAGUGGAAAAGCAGAUGUCACCCUCAACACUGACAGUGAUAUGGAAGCAUCUGUGGAGGUUCCCUUUGAAAAAAGAUGUCGCAAUUACACCUGCAUAGCUGAAAUUGAAGUGGAUUUUGACUUUAUGACUCCAUCUUUACUGGUGGCAGAUCAUAACUACUUCAAUAUGAGCGUGACUUUGUUCAAUCGCGGUGAAGACUCCUACAACACCAGUCUCACUAUACACCACCCUCCAGGACUGUCCUUCUCCAGGAUGACUCUGGCUCUGGAUUCAAAGUCCAAACCACUUUACAGUUGUCUUGACUCUGAAGAUAAUACAGACUGUUAUGUCAGUCUUCCUGUUUAUCGCAGUCAAUCACAGGCCAAGUUCAUGACUCUUUUCCAUGUAAUAAGAGACUACGAGUGGAAGGAGUCCUUAACAGUGAAUAUCACAGGACACAGUGAUAAUCAAAACUCAAGUAAAGGCUCUAUGGUCAAAGUGAUCCCAGUUCAAUUUGAAAUUAAAAUGAUGCUUUUAGUGGGAGAAGACAGCAUCACUUAUAUGAAUUUUACCACUGAGGAUCCUGCCCCAAGAAGACUGGUUACCAAAUAUAAAGUAGAUAAUUACGGGUGGAUGCAUUUUCCUGUGAAUGUGACUUUCGUUUUUCCCACAAAACUUGAACACAAAUUUGAAAUGAACAAUUAUCAAGUCCUGCCCGAGCAGAAUAUAACUCACUGCAGAGAAAGUGACCGGAACGCUUCAUCAUCUCAAAAUGUUAAAUACUGCACCCCAGAGCGAGAAUGCAAGUACAUAGUUUGUGACCCUUUUCUAUUGACCAAUGAAUCUGUGGAGUUUGAAUUGUCUGGAGAAGUGCAGUUUAAAGAUCUCAGUCAAGAUAAUGUACCUUUCCUGAAGCGAUACACUGGUGAUGGUAACCGGAUUGUGUUUGAAAGUUUUUUAUUUGUUGCUUAUGACACAAAGAAAUAUUCACUGGACUCUUACAAUCAAAAGAGAAAAAGGGAGAGUCCAGAUGACAACAGCUCCUGGGAGGAUGUUGGGCCAUCAGUGAAAUCGAGUGAGGUCCUUAUUGAGUUGAUGGUUUUGCCUGACAAAAUGCUCAUCAUUGUGACUGGAGCUGGUGGGGUGUUUCUAUUAAUUCUCAUCACAGUCAUCAUGUUUAAGUUGGGAUGCUUUAAGAGGAAAAUGCACGACAUGGUCCAAGAAGAGGAUGACGCUGAGGAGGCAGAAGUUACAAAUGGAAUGGCCAAUCAUUCAUCCGACAAAGACGACAAAGAAGACAAACUUGAAGAAGACAAGACUGAAGAAGAUGAACCUGAAGAUGAGCCUGAACAAAAGGUGCUUUUGGAAAAACAGGAGAUGUCCUCGAUCCCAACUGAUGUGAACAACUGAUGUGUAGAGACUUGAGGGGAGUGUGACAAACAACUUGGGAAGAAAAUCAAUUUUGUACAUGCUUUUGCCUCAAACAAGGUUACGACAGCAAUUCGAGUGUCAACAAAGCUGACCACUGCAGUGCAAAGUUCUGAAUAAUAAAAAAAAAAAAAUGUGUAGAAAUAUAAUAUCCAAAUCCUAUGGUACGAUAUUUCUUGCAAUAUUUUGGAGAGUUUAAAAAGAUGGCAGUAAUUAUAGCAUCAAAGAUUUGUCAAAGCAUGUUGUCUGCACUGAAAUGGAGUAAAUCAUGGUCUAUGCAGUUAAUUUAGUUUUUUGUUUACUUGCUUACUUACUUUACUUUUAUUUUUGCCUGACUUGACGAGAAGAUAUUGUUACAUCCUUUCUGCCUUACCUGAAGUUUGUUAAUGUUAUUAUGCAUGACUUUUCUUAUUACUGUCGUUAUAUUUUAUUAUAUAUUAUUAUUCAUUGUUUUAUACACUUUUUAUAUAACUUAUUCAAUUCAAUGAGGGCCAGGGGUACUCCCGUUAACCCAUUAACAAUAAAAGCAGGUAAAAACUGGCCCCUUUAGUGGAUUUAUGAAUUGUUAUUAAUUAGUUUUAAGUUGUAAUGUAUUGUAUAUUCUUUACAGUUUAGAUUUUAUUUGAAAACAUUUAAUGGAUCAUUUAAUGGAUGCAUUUUGAUAAAUGUCUAUGUUGAGACAAAGUUCGAACAUAGUUUUAAGUAUUAAAACCCUUUGUUGGCUGGUGUAACUGUACAAGUUUAAUGCAAAAUAAAGUGGAUACAAUUUA